AUGGGCAGCCUACCAGACCUGACGGAACGCUCGCGGCCCCCGAGCGCCCGCCCCGCCGCGCGAACUGUGUCCGACCCGCAUCGACAUCGCACUGUUGUACCGCAGAUUCCAGUAAGCACAAUAUACAAAAAGGAAUGGCCAUGGCGAAAAACGAAGACCCCCAUAAAACUACCCCCUGUCGCUAUAAACCGGCGAAGGGAUUCUGUCGCGUCUUCCCUCGGUGCCGCAUCAGUUCGCCGGCUCAUAGCCAGGCAGCCUCAGAAGAUACCCAAACCAAUAAUAACGAGGUUCACCCUCCUCUGCGUAGCAAGCGGUCUUUCCUCCACAGCGCUCCUUCCAUUUACUGCUUUCGCUGGCGCCGAAGCCGGUGCCAUGCCACUCGCAAUAAUGCAUUGCAUUGCGGCCAUUGCCUCACCAUUCUCCCCCCUCAUUCUCCAAAAGACAGGAACGAGAAUGGUCUUAAAUCUCAGUUACGGUCUAAUAUCUCUCUUAUUAUCAGUUCAUACGGUUGAUGCUCCUCUAACAAUACUCCUUAUUCUCUAUGCUGUCUGUGGGCUAAUGUUGUCCCCAAUGGAGUUAGCUUUAGCUGCGUCUGCCACGUCCUUUUCCCAGGCGGCUGGAGAUGAAUGUAGAAGGAAGACUGUUCUACGUCGAGCGUUGAGAGCUUUGCGAGCGUCUCAAGACCUGGGUCUCGUGGUCGGGUCUCUAAUGCUGGGAGGAGCUUUACUUAUUUGGCCGGAAAAUUUGUUGCUACAGUCCGACGCGAUACACAAUUAUACAACACCCAGUUGGCCACCGUCUGAAGACGAUUUGGUGGAAGAAGAUUAUGAGGAACGAACAUGCGGAGCAUCUGGCUGUCCCGAUAUUCAGGCUCUUGUAGGAACCGCUCUCAGCGUACAAGGUCGACGGGUCCUAGUAGGAGUGUGGGCUUUUUUGGCUUUCACUGCGUCCAUUUUAGCCAUUUACGGAGCUGCGUCAACACCCUCGCCACCUCCUGACGCCAGAUCAGUGUUAAAGGACGCGAGGGGACUUCUGGGUAUCCCUAUGGGGUUGUUCAUUGGAUUGCAACAGGGUUUUAUUUAUACUUCGUAUAUUAAGUGGUAUGGUGUAUGCGUUGGAGGCUGGAGCGAAGCAUGGCGUGCUUUAUGUGGAGCCGGGGCACUGCAAGCAUUAGCAGCUGCUACCCUCAGCAUGGCUGCUGCCCGCGGCAGGCGAGGUGCCCUGGCUGCUGGGGGCGCUGCUGCACAUGCAUCAUUGCUGCUAGCGCUGUUGCGAUGGCGUGCUGCAAGGACUGAUUUAGCUCUACCUACUGUAGCAGCAUCGGCCUGGGGAGCUUGCGCUGCUUUGUGGGAUGUUUUACAGGGCGGAAUAUCUGUCGGUGGUCCUGGUUGGCGAGGUCCUUGGUCCCUCACUUUGAGCGCAAGACACGCCGGCCUUGCUCUGGCCUGUGCAGCCCGGCAGGUCCUCUGUGUGCGAACUCAGCUAGCUGUAUUAGCUAUGGCGCUGUUCACAGCACUCGCUGCGCAUGCGAUGCUAGAGCUAAGACUACGGAGGGAACUGCGCCACAGGUCUUAG